ACAAUAAGUAGUAACAUAUAUUCUUCGUUAUUCUUAUUAUUUUGUUCCUUUCUUUCUAAUUUUUGUUCCUAUUGUGUCUCAAUCAUUUUGUACUUGAAAUUCUUUUAUUUUUUUGGAUUCUCACUUUUUAGUUCAUGUCUCUUGUCAGGGUUUAUCAGUUUGGAUUGUGGUUUACCUGUGACUGAACCAUCUCCUUAUAAUGAGCUAUCAACCGGACUACAGUUUUCCUCUGAUGCAAAGUUCAUACAGAGUGGCAAAAUCGGUAAAAUCCAGGCGAAUCUGGAGAGUCAAUACCUGAAGCCGUACACGAGGCUGAGAUAUUUCCCGGAAGGGAUACGCAACUGCUAUAAUCUGCCUGUUGAGAAUAACAGGAAAUAUUUGAUUAGGGCUAGGUUUGUUUAUGGGAAUUAUGAUGAUCUUAACACUUACCCGCAAUUUGAUCUGCAUCUAGGCCCUAAUCCGUGGGCAACAAUAGAUUUACAAGAGUUUGUGAAUGGUACAGUGAAUGAGAUUAUUCACACCCAAACAUCAAACUCAUUGCAGAUUUGUCUUGUUAAGACAGGGAAAACUACACCAAUGAUCUCAGCCUUGGAACUACGGCCGUUGGGUAAUAACUCUUACAACACAGAGUCAGGUUCCCUGAAUCUUUUCAUUAGGAUGUAUGCCAACAAAACAGAUGGCUUACUACGGUAAGUAAGGUUCAACAGUUGUGGAAUCCAUAUUCAUUUAUUUAUUUCUUAAAAUACUAAAUAUUUAAUCAAAACUAGAUUUUGACCCGCACAUCCGUGUAAACGUCAUCUUUAACUUAUAUAUUAUCCAAAAAUAUAUUUUAUAUGAUUGAAUGUAUAUAUUUUAAAAACUUGUCAAUAUAAAUAUUUCUAAUAUGUACUUUAAACACAACAAUUUGAUAGGAGAUAUCAACAAUAAUUUUAUUGUGUCUUCAACAGUCAAUAUUGUUAACCGAUUAUAUAUAUAUAUAUAUAUAUUUAUUUAUUUAUUUAUCUUGUUAGAUUUUAUUUCGUAUAGAAGCAAUAAUGUAGAUAUGCAUAAAAUACAUAUUUAUAAAUAAUUUUUAUUAUUUUACAUAAAUUGAUUAUUUAAUUGAUUAUUUACAUGUAUUUAAAACAUUUUUAGUUCUUAUUAAUAAAUAAUUAGGUCUCGGAUGCUAUUUUAUGAUAAAAUAUUUCACAUUAAUUUAAAAUUAACAUAAAAUAUUUUUACGAUAAAAUGUUUCACAUUAAUUUAAAAUAUUUAAAAGUAUCCUAUCUGGUUAGUUAAAUUUUUAGAUUACGAUUUUGUCGUAGGACAUUUAAUUUUCUAUUAUGAAGUAUUUAUAUAAAAGGAUUAUAUGUGCUUUAUAUUUUUGAUAAUGAUUUUAAUUGAAGCAUUAACAUACUUUCAUUUAUUUUAUAGUAUAUAUAAAAAUAAUAUUCACAUUGUCCAUUUUAUAUAUUUUGUUUUCUGAUACUUAUUUUUAAUCUAAUAUAUGCUUAGUUAAAAAUAUAGAUUGUAUUUGAAAGAUUAUUAUCUUUUUUUAGUUAAUAUGAUAACAAUAAGUUAAGGAUACAGUAAGUAUGUUAGAAUGUCACUGAUAUUAUGAAUAUUUUGUGGAGCUGAUUAAGACAAAGUGUAUCCAAAAGUGUAGUUAAUAUGCAUAAUAUAUACAUGUCAAUUAAUUCCUAAUUUACUUAAAUUGUAAUCAGUUUUUGAAAACUGUGUUAUUAUAGGAAUAUUUUGGGCAGUAUAUUUUUAAAAUCUUGUGUAUCUAAAAAUCGUUA